AUGAACUGCACUCGUAAUGCCACCCUCGCGCCACAGCUGGCCCCGGCCGCAGAUGGGGGGCCCCAGGGGACCGCCGGCGGCGGGGGCCUCUGGGUGACCUUCCUGCUCGGCGGCACGCUGACGACCAUGUGCGCCGCGGGCGUGGCGGGCAACGCGUACGCGCUCGCCGUCGCCCGCUCUGCCGCGCUGCGGCGGUCCGGCUCCAUGUACGUGUACAUCGUCAACUUGGCCCUGGCGGACCUGCUGUACCUCACCACCAUCCCCUUCGUGGUGGCCACCUACUUCGCCCACGACUGGCUGUUCGGCGAGGCCGGCUGCCGCGUCCUGCUGAGCCUCGACCUGCUCACCGUGCACGCCAGCGUCUUCAUCCUGGUGGCCAUGAGCCUGGAGCGCUACCGCGCCGUGGCGAGGCCCUUCAGCGCCCACAGGUCCUCGGCGCGGAGGAGGAGGAGGCUGGCGGCGGGCGCCAUCUGGGGGCUGUCCUUGGCGCUGACGCUGCCCAUGAUGGCGAUGGUCCGACUCAGCGAGGGCGAGAGGAGGAUCUGCUUCCCCACCUGGACCCCCGAGGCCUUCAAGGCCUACAUCACCGUCCUGUUCCUCUCCAGCGUCCUGGUCCCCGGGCUGGUCAUCGCGGGUCUGUACGUGGGGCUGGCCGGGCGCUACUGGGCGGUGCAGGCCGGCUUAGGGGGCAGCAGCCGGCCCGCCUGCAGGAGGGCGCUCAAGCUGAAGGUGGCGUCCAUGAUCUUCUGCAUCGUGGUGGCCUACUGGGCCUGUUUCUUGCCUUUCUGGGGGUGGCAACUGGCCAAAAUGUUCUCCCCAGAGUCCCUGACGUCGCUGUCCCCGGCCGCCCACAACUACGUGAACUUCUUGGUCACGUGUCUGACCUACGGGAACAGCUGCAUCAACCCCUUCCUCUACACCCUGCUGACACGCAACUACAAAGACUACCUGGCCCAGAAAGGUCGGUCCGUGGGCUCCAGCAGGGCCGACCCCGUGUCGCCCAGUGGACGGACGAGUCGCGGAGGCAUUUCGCGGCUCGGGACAGAUUUGCCUUUGUGA